AUGGCCCAGCCCAAGUCAGACUGCCGCUCACCUGUCGGCCUCGACUGCUGCAACUGCUGCCUGGACCUGGCCCACCGGAGCGGGCUCCAGCGCGACAACGGCGGGGACAACAACAACUCGGGCAGCCCCAUCGUGAGCAACUUUCGGCAGCUGCAGGAGAAGCUGGUCUUCGAGAACCUCAACACCGACAAGCUUAAUAGCAUAAUGCGGCAGGAUUCGCUAGAGCCCGUGCUGCGGGACCCCUGCUACCUGAUCAAUGAGGGCAUCUGCAACCGCAACAUCGACCAGACCAUGCUUUCCAUUCUGCUCUUCUUCCACAGUGCCUCCGGAGCCAGUGUGGUGGCCAUAGACAAUAAGAUUGAGCAGGCCAUGGAUCUAGUGAAGAAUCAUCUGAUGUAUGCUGUGAGAGAGGAGGUGGAGAUCCUGAAGGAGCAGAUCCGGGAGCUGGUGGAGAAGAACUCCCAGCUGGAGCGGGAGAAUACUCUCUUGAAGACCCUGGCGAGCCCAGAGCAGCUGGAGAAGUUCCAGUCCCGUCUGAGCCCCGAGGAGCCAGCUCCUGAAACCCCAGAAACCCCCGAGGCCCCCGGGAUCAAACCUGUAUCUCCUGCAUUGCAGGCAUAUUCUUUACCAUCUGAGCCACCAGGGAAGUCGGUAUAG